AAGAUGGGUUCUGUUUCGAACCAGGAAUUCACAGGAGUCUGUAAAACUGAGGAGGAUGAGGGACCGACCACAGAAGAAGAUUCACAGUCGUUCCAUGGUCUCGGCGUUUGUAAAUGGUUUAACGUACGCAUGGGAUUCGGCUUCCUUUCCAUGACUAGUCGAGAAGGCGUACCGCUGGAGGCUCCGGUCGAUGUGUUUGUUCAUCAGAGUAAGCUCCACAUGGAAGGCUUCCGCAGCCUGAAGGAAGGCGAGGCAGUCGAGUUCACCUUCAAGAAGUCCUCCAAGGGCCUGGAGUCUCAGCAGGUCACGGGGCCGGGGGGCGUCCACUGUCAGGGCAGUGAGAGGAGACCCAAAGGCAAGAGCGUCCAAAAACGUAGAUCCAAAGGAGACAGGUGCUACAACUGCGGAGGCCUGGACCACCAUGCCAAAGAGUGCAAACUGCCACCGCAGCCCAAGAAGUGCCAUUUCUGCCAAAGCGUUGCCCACAUGGUUGCCAACUGCCCAAUCAAAGCACAGCAGUCCUCACCAGGUUCGCAGGGAAAACCGUCCUCUUUGAAAGGAGAGGACGAAGAGCAUGCCCACUCUCCUCCGCCCCCCAAGACCCCGUAG